AUGCUUAGUUCGAAACUGUUCAUCCAUUCGCUGCUACUACGUGUGGCUUCUGCUGCCGCCCAAGGCGGAUGGACCAAUGGUCCCUCAGCGACUGGCACAAAAGACCCUAAUGUCGCCGUCGGGUGUGACUACUGGGUGAAUGAUGUCCAGUCCACUGAUACCUGCGAGGCGGUAGAAGAGUUCUUUAGUAUCACCCAAGACCAACUGGUCUCCUGGAAUCCCUCAUUGCAGCCAGACUACUGUGUUUUGGUCCCUAAAUGGAGUUACUGUGUUUCUGGCCCGGCGGUAACCGGUACUUCGGCAAGUAGUGCCGCCAACACUCCAGCUGGUACCCUCAGUUAUAGUGGUACCUCUGCUCCAACCCAGAGUGGCAUUGCCAAAUCCUGCACCAAGUACCACCUGGUACAGAACGGUGACUCUUGCAACAGUAUUCAAGAUCAGUAUAUGACUUUUACUCUGAGUCAAUUUUACAGCUGGAAUCCUGCCAUCUCACAUGGCUGCAAAGGUCUGAAGAAUGGCGACUUUGUCUGUAUUGCUGCAAAGACCCCAUCCGGUUCUGCCUCUUCAACGUCAGCUUUCCCAACACAGACCGGGGUCGUCGGCAAUUGCAACAAGUGGCACUUUGUGUCUGGAAGUGACGAUUGCGACUCGAUCCGAGACGAAUAUAACCUUACACCGGCUCAGUUCUACCACUUGAACCCUGCCACUGGGCCUAAAUGCACCAACCUGUGGCGCAAAACUAAUGUCUGCGUAGGCGCACCUGGAACCACACCAUCUGCGACAACAACUGGUACAACGACUGCUUCUACCACGUCAAGUUCUCCGUCGGCUUUCCCAACCCAGACCGGAGUCCCCAGUGACUGCAACAAGUGGCACUUUGUAACCGGAAAUGAUGACUGUAACUCGAUCCGAAGCGAAUAUAACCUUACACCGGCUCAGUUCUAUCAAUUGAACCCUGCCACUGGGUCUAAAUGCACUAAUCUGUGGCGCGAAACCAACGUCUGUGUUGGUUCACCCGACAUCACAUCAUCUGCUUAG